AUGUCGCCUGUAGGAAAGACCGGCCCUGCCAGCUUGGACCUCAAAAGGUCAGAGAGGGCCUGUGCUUGGAGCAGGAUGAAAUCUCAGCCUCAACCAGAGUCUGACAAUGAAAUUACUCCUCUUGGAGAUAACCAGACCAGGCAACCUGCAAACGUCUUUCUGCAACAACCCACCUGCUCACAGGACAUCCAUGCCGUGCUGAGAGAGAUGAGCGGCUUGUUGGGUGAGCAGAGGGUGGAGCUGAGGCACCUACAGCGAGAGAAUGACGCACAAGCAGCACAGCUGAGGGAACUGGAGAAAUUGCAGAGGGAGCUGGAGAAAUUGCAGACGGAGCUAGAGAAAGUGAACCAACAGGACAAAGUCAAACGCGUGGCCUUCACCGCUGCUCUGUCUUCAGGUCAAACAACUAUCGGACCAUUUAAUACAGACACUAAUCUGGUCUUCAGACAAGUCAUUACAAAUAUUGGAAAUGCCUACAACCCGAACACAGGUUUUUUCAUUGCACCGUUGAAAGGAGCCUACCAUUUUGAGCUCUACAUAUAUUCACUGGGACAUCCUUCAUAUGGUUCAGGUGCUUGGUUGGUCAGAAAUGGACACAAUAUUUGUGUUGCAUAUGAGCAUCAGCCAUCCAAUGCUGGGAAGUCUGCUAAUGGCGCCACGCUGCUGUUAGAGGUUGGAGAUGUUUUGUUUGUGCGUCUGGUUGCUAACUCAAGGGUAUAUGACGAUGCAAAUAACCACAGCACCUUCAGUGGUCAUCUGCUUUUCACAAUGUGA